CCCCGCCUGCCUCUCGCCCGCGCCGCGGAGGGCCCUCGUGCAGGCCGGGGCGCCGGGCGCCUCCCGGCAUGGCCUGGGCAGCGCCGCAGUCCGCGGCCGAGGGUCUCGCUGCGCCAGCAUGAAGGCGACCUUCCACGUGCUGUAUUGGGAGGGCGGCGAUCCUGUGUCGGUGUCGCUCAAGAGUCAUGGCGCUCCGUCCCUUUGCAAGCAGUGCGACGGGGUGCGGAGGCCGUGGCGAUUCAGGCUGGACAACCUGUUCGCGUCCAUCCGCUCGUGUGGUAAGGAGGGCGGCGUGUUCCGCAAGGAGCUCGUUGAUUUCACCUGCCUGUCGCCCUGCUCUGCGAUCCGCUACGAUCUCCGCAGCUUCCACCACUGGCUGAUCGACGAGAACACCAAGGCUCUGACAGAGCAGAACGUCCUCGGCACCGCUAUCAAGGUCGACCGCGGCCUACUGGACAGCAGGGACUGCGGGGUGCACACGGAAGACCUCCGCGACGGCCAGUGGAGCCAGUGGCUCGCGAGCCACGCAGCGGCAAUGCAGCAGUCAGCCGCCGACAGGGGAGGCCGCUGUGUGGCACUGCUCCUGGACCAGGCCGGUGUGGAGCUGCUCACCCUCGACACCGGUGGCGCGCCUGCACAGCGCAAGCGCCCCUGCGCCCCCAUCGCGAAGGUGCUCCUCGUUCUCGGGGGCCCGAGCGGCAUCCAGCCCGCGGUCUACCAGGGCAUGGCGGAGGUCCUGCGGCGGGCGCAGCUGGAGGUCCUGGAGAUCCGCCUGCCCGGCGGGCUGCAGCACUCCAACGUGGUCCUCGCGGACCUGCUCAUGGGCCACGACCGGGGCUUCCUGCUGCCAGCGGUGGAGGACCUCCUCGAGCUGGGCAGGCAGCAGUACGAGGAGUGGCGGGCCGCGGUGCAGCAGCACCUGGCGGCGCUGCGCGCGGAGGCGAUGCAGGGGCCCGCGCCGCUGCGGCAGCAGCUGGCUCGGCUCCGGGGCGCCCCUCGGCAGCAGCCCUCGGUGCGGAGGAGGGACCUCGACACGCAGCUGCGGUGGACGGAGGUGCUGCUGGCGCCGCAGCCGCAGGAGCGGCGGGAGCUGCCCCCCGAGCAGCAGCUCCUCGAGCUCGUCGCGGCCCACCCGCACUUGCUGCAGCAGCUGCAGCACCUGCAGCCGCCGCACGCGGAGCAGCAGCUUGCACCAGCCGGCGCCUGCACCCGCGCCUGCGCCAGCACCUGCCCCGCCAGCUGCAGCGGAUGCCGCCUCGCCCGCCUCCGCCCUGGCCGCUCCGGCGGCCGCUCCGCCACGGCGGCCGGAGGAGCCGGCCGGGCCGAGCACGCCAGCGGGGCCGGCGGCGGCCUCGGAUCCGGACCUGCUCGGCGAGGACGAGGGUGCAGCCGAGUCCGGCACCCCGUGCAACGACUGCGGGCUGGUCAGGCAGAGCGGCCGGCGCGACGAGCACGGCGACUGGUACUGCGACGCGUGCUGGCUCCUGUUCCUCGAGGAGGAGGCCGCGGAGGAGCUCGAUCGGAGCCCGCUGCGCGCGGGGUGGGCGCCGGCACGGGGCAGCGGCCCCAGCCUGGUGGGCCCAGAGGCCCUCGAGGGGGGCUCCUGCGCGGAGCAGCGGCAAGACGUUGGGGGGGGGCAGGGCCCCCUGCGCGUGGUGGCGGCGGUGCCACAGAGGAGCGAUCGCGGGCCAGUGGCCACAGAGGCCCUCAAGCACGGCGCCCACGAGGCGCCGAGGCUGGACGGCGACGUCGACUUGGGCGACUGGCGCGAGCGGGAGUGUGCAGGCUGCGGCGAGGAGAGGCUCAACGGCAGGGUCGACGAGCACGCCGACUGGUACUGUGACGAGUGCUGGUCGCGGUCCGAGGGCCCGGGCUCCCGAGGCGGCAGCGGCCAGAGUGACCGAGGCGUCCAGGAAGGAGCUGCCGCACCCGCCGCGUGCGGAGCUCUGGCAGCGCGUGCCUGGGUAUGCUCUGAUCGGCCAGCCGUGGUGGCGCCGAGCCCGCCUGACAUCGGCAAGCCAUCACUGAACACGACUGAAUGGCCGUCGCUGAGCAAUGACGCCUCUACUUUAUCGUGCCGUCGAUGGCGCAAUGGAGGGGGCAAGGCUGCAAACGAGGCCUCCGUGGGCUGAUGUCAGUGUCAGGUCGGACUGCCUGCUGCAGCAGCUGACUGCCAAUCUGCCAUGGUCGGCUGCUGCCAUAAUGAAUGUUAGACGCUUCGCGUACCCCAUCAGCCCGUCCAGACACGAUGCCCAAGCGAGUUUUCCUGAUUAGGGAUCAGUGCAAGGCCACUCGGCUGCGAUCGCGGCUGGGGCGGUGUGCGCCAGCGGCGGGGGGCCGUCUCUGGCGGUAGCUGGGGCGGUGCUCGGUGCAGCGCGGGAAGAUCGUGAACUCCGGCGCCGUCGCCCUCGACCUCGCCCUCCUCCGCAUGCCACCCGCCCCCCACCCCCUUCCCUGCAUUCCCAG